AGAGUGUGUUUCUGGAACUAGAAGUGGAAGAUUUCUGCUACAACGUGUAAAAUACAAUCACCUAUCGUGCUUCGUAAAAUUAUGGUGUUCCAUUGUACACUGGACUAAUUUUUUAAACAUUUAAUCUAUUAUAAUAAUCGAUACUAAAAUGGCGAGAAGGAGUGCAAGAGUGUCAGAAAAAUUAUCAGUCCAGUCUCCUCCACCAAGAAAUGUAGAUUCUUCUCCUAAAAAGAAGACAACAAUUAAAAAUUACUUCACAGUUCUUGAUCCAUAUGUUUCUAUUGAAAAAUUGAAUCUGGAAACUCCCCAAAAAACAUCACCAACCAAAAAAGUGAUCAAAGAUGAACGUGAAUCCUCUGAGGGAUCUAAUGAGGAAAAUGAAACACCUGUCAAAAAAAGUGAAAAAAAGACAGAAAAUGUGAUCACAAAAGCCACAUCUGAAAUGUCAGAAUAUGAAAAGGAAAUUCAACGAAACAUUGAAGAAAGAAGGAAAAUGUUCCAAGAACUUGUUGGGGAUGCCAAAAAGGAUUUUGAGAGUGAAGUAAUUCGGGAGAAGGUAAACAAAGCAACUCAACGUGGACUAAAAAGGAAAAUGGACGAAAGCAUUGAAAUCCCUCCCUUGAGAAUGUCUUUACGAAGCAGAAAGCCACCUAAAGAAGAAUUUUUCAUUAUGAAAGAUAACGAUGAAAUCAAGCAAUGGCCUAGUAAUCCUAAAGUUAAUAAAUCAGGUACCUUUACAUUAGCUGAUGCCUACUUGGACCAAGAGUCAAUUGAUGACAGCAAAUUUAUAGAAGAAAUGAUUCCUUUGUUGGAAAAAGAGGGUGAAUUAGAAAAAUUACCUGCAGAUCAACAAGAUUUCUUGAAAUUGAUGAAAUCCUUCAGCAUUAACGAGGAAGGAGUAGCCAAGGUGUCCAAGUCCCGAAUUUAUUCCCUUGCUUGGCAUCCGAGUAACUGCAAGCUCCUUGUUGCCGUCGGUGAUCGUGAUGGGAACAUUGGUUUCUGGGAUAUUGAUAAGCUUGACGACAAACAUCAAGGCGUUCGGGCGUUUAAGGUUCACAACCAGCCAAUCAACUGCAUAACUUUCGAUAAGUUUAACUCAACAAGAUUGCUAACCACUAGCUACGAUGGUUAUGUCCGAUGCUUAGAUUUGCAUUCCAACGUGUUUGAUGAGGUUUACUCGAUCAAAAGAACGAAUAAAACGUGGACAGCCUAUCACGCACAGAAAGACCCAUCUACCCUAAUCAUUUCACAGUCCAACGGAGAUGUAGCGGUAGUUGACUGCCGGACAAAACCUGGUAGCGUUGCAAACUUGAUCCAAUGUUUUGAAAUGAGCGCCAGAACAGUUAGUUUACACCCACAGGAUGAAAAUCUCUUCAUGACGUGCAAUCGCUACGGAGAGGUAGGAAUAUUUGAUGUGCGAUACACGUCUACAAACAAUAAUGCCCUCGCCGUGCCAGUCGUUAGUUUCCCGAAAGCUCCAAAAGGAGUUCAUGGAGCGUUUUUCUCUCCCAUCAGCGGACAGUACGCCCUGACUACAUGUACCGACGACACCUUGAAGUUGUAUGAUGUCCAGAAGGGCAAAUCGGAACCAGAGUGCAUCAAGUCCAUAUAUCAUAACAACUUCACUGGACGUUGGCUCACCCCAUUCAAAGCUGUUUGGCAUCCUCAACGGGAUGACGUUUUUAUCGUUGGAAGCAUGGAACAGCCUAGACGAGUUGAACUGUAUGGCGCUCCCUCCGGCACACUCCUCCAUAACUUCAACGGGGAUUUCCUGGCAUCGGUGACUUCAAUAAACGCUUUUCACCCGACAGUACCUAUUUUUGCUGGCGGCAACUCAAGCGGCCGAGUCCACAUUUUCCGUGCUUAGUUUUACCUUCCAAAUAUUUCACGACUUUUCGACGAUUUUGGUUUGAAAAGUUUUAAGUGGCAUCACAAUUAAAACCACAAUAUAUUUGUGGGGAAGCAGUUUUCGUUGGUAAUUUGAAGGCUUCGUCUGAGUAGAUAACUCAAAUUCUACCUCUGAAUUGAUAGAUGUAUGUGCCUGCUUCUUUGCUCCUCCCUAUAUAAUACACUUUUUAAAAAACAA